AAAAGAACUAAAUAUUCACCAAACUGACAGCACUGCGUAAAAUUUAUCUUUCAUGGGGGUCAAAAGCACUUUGACAAAACGUCAAAAUUCUGACUAAUAUCGUUUGGCCAAAAUCAUUUUUCAACUACUUGAGCAAUGGCAGCAACGCUAAAACCAUAUUUAACAGCAGUCCGGCACACACUGACCGCUGCGAUGUGCCUAACUAACUUCUCGUCACAAGUGGUGGAACGGCACAAUAAACCCGAAGUGGAAGUGAGAAGUAGCAAGGAAUUGCUACUGAAUCCGGUGGUCAUAUCGAGAAAUGAAAAGGAGCGUGUCCUAAUCGAAACUAGCGUCAAUUCCGUACGGAUUAGCAUUGCUGUGAAACAGGCCGACGAGAUCGAGAAAAUUUUGUGUCACAAAUUCACCCGAUUUAUGAUGAUGCGUGCGGAAAACUUUAUCGUGCUGCGACGUAAACCGAUCGACGGAUACGACAUUAGCUUUCUGAUUACCAAUUUUCACACCGAACAAAUGUACAAACAUAAGCUGGUGGAUUUUGUGAUUCAUUUUAUGGAAGAAAUUGAUAAGGAAAUCAGUGAAAUGAAAUUGGCCGUCAAUGCCAGAGCCAGAAUUUGUUCCGAGGAGUUUUUGAAGCGAUUUUAAAUGAACGCGACAGAGUGGAAUGAAGUGUUUUAUAAACUUUUUAUUAAUUAUUUUCCUUCUUUCUCUAUUUUUUUUUUUCUAACGGUUGAUUUGAAAGUAUUUACGAUUUAGUUCUAAGUAAAUAAAAAUAAAUGAGAAAACAUACGGGAAGAGUCACAACAACAAACAAACAAAAACAAACAAACAAAGUAUUCCAUUUGAGACAUUCUUGUUCUAAAAUAAAGUUGUAGUCAAUUCCAACACA